CUUCAAUUCUCCAAAGUUUAAAAACAUUAAUGAAAAUUUUAACAGUGGAUGGACAUGAAGCACCCCUUAAAUUUACAACGUGAACUGAAAAAGUUUAUUUACAGUGAUCUAGAGCUUCAUAGAAUUCCACUUGGUUAUUUUAACAGGGAUAUCCGUAGUGUACUAACACAAUGCUUAAAAGAUUCCUUAAAUUUAAAAGUAUCGUCAGAAAAGAGGCUAUUGGAGAUUAAUGUUAUUAUAGAUUAUCUUAAUGAUGAACUUAAUUUAGGGCACUGGUGUAAAGUGCCUAUUAAAGUAAGACAUUGUUUUACAAUAUGCAGUUAUGUGAAAUGCCUCAUUCUUUUAAAUAGUGGUAGAAAUAGUAGACCGAAUUUAUUAAAGGAAUGUCUGAAUUCAUUGGAUAUGGGCCUGUUACUUGGGGCUCCAUUGGAAGAAAAUCCUGACCUUCUAACAGGUUCUGCAGAGUAUUUAAGGAAAGAACUGCAAAUAUAUAAUGUGGCAGAAAAUAAGACUGAUAUUAGAGAAAAUUUAUUGAAAAGAAAAAUUGAUGAACCUAAUGAUUUUAUGAACUUAAAAGGAAGGCUAGUAGAGUCUGUUGAAUGUCCUUCUCUGCAAGAAUUUAUUGAACAAUAUUUUUUUGCCCAGCUACCAGUAAAAAUUAAAGGCUGUUUAAAUCAUUGGCCAGCUUCGAAGAAAUGGGCGGACUUAAAUUAUCUGUUAGAAAUAGCAGGUGAUCGCACUGUACCGAUUGAAGUAGGUUCGCAGUAUACUCAUGAAAACUGGUCUCAAAAAUUGAUGACACUCAAAGAUUUUGUUACCAAGUAUUAUCUAUCAGAAGAUGGAAACAUAGGAUAUUUAGCCCAGCAUAAUUUAUUUGAGCAGAUCCCUAAGUUGAAAGAUGACAUCUGUAUUCCGGAAUAUUGUGGUAUGAGUGUAAAUGAUGCUGACCCUGAUAUAAAUGCUUGGUUCGGACCUAAAGGAACUGUGUCUCCCUUGCAUACUGAUCCAAGUAAUAAUUUACUUGCUCAGGUUUACGGUACAAAGCAGGUCAUCCUUUUUGCUCCCUCCGAUACACAAUACUUGUAUCCACACGAAGAAAAGCUGCUAAACAAUACAGCACAAGUGAAUCCAGUAAAGCCUGAUUUAGAGGAACAUCCGCUGUUUACCAAAGCGACCAUGUUUAAAUGUCUUUUAGAACCAGGAGAAAUGUUAUUCAUUCCUGAAAAGUGGUGGCAUCAUGUUACAGCGUUAGAUAAAAGCUUUUCGGUUAGUUUUUGGUGGAAAUAAACAGUUUUGUAACAAAUAAUCCCAUUAGCAUGAUUAAAACUGCACGUAGGACUAUAAGUCAAAGGCUGUCGCAUCCCUUCAAAAUUAGUGCUAUAAUACAUAGUAUCAGAGUCGAAAAUUAGUAUUCUUCUUAGCGUGAAUCCUUAUGCCUUUUAGCGUCUUACUGUUUUUUUUUUUGCGUUUAUUGUCCUCUUAGAUAAAUUAUUUUGGUUUUUCCCCUCAUUAGAUGUCCGUACCAGCCCAACUGUUUCCAGUAGCGGGUCUUGAUUUACCUGUUGUCUAAUUUCUUCAUGUCUGUAUCUAUUCUUUUUUUCUUUUCAAUAAGAUAUUUCAUUCCCGUAGCUCUUAUUGUGUUUUGUGUUUUUUUUUCUUUCUGUACUGUCCAUGUUUAACUCGUAUGUGUAAUAAAUGACAGGGGCGGAUACAUGGGGGUAAGAAUGGGAGAUUCCCCACCCCCAAGAAAGUCCAAAAUUAAAGAAAACCUAUUAUUUAUGUCGUUUAUGUAGUUUGGAUUCAUCUUUGUUAAGUCUUUUUGUUGGUAUUUUAUUUUAUUGGAAUUCCCCCCCCCCCCAACAAGGCUAAUGUCUAGAUCCGCCACUGAUAGAUGGGAUAAUUACUGCGUUAAAAACGAGUAUUGUUUUAUUUAAUGAAUAUUAUAUGUUAGUUUAGUUUCUUCUUUCGUCUUUUAUUUAAAUAGUGAUAAAUGAAAACUUAAUUUAUAUAUAAUUGUUCUGUUAUUAUAUUUAAUAUAAUUUU